AUGGCUGUCUCUGCUGUAAUGGCCUUGGGUCUGGUGGGACCUCUUCACUUUGCUUACUCCGUCGGUCGACAAACCUGCCCGCCUGAGAAGUUUGACUGCGGAGGAGCCACAAGCAAGUGUGUCUCGUUGUCAUGGCGAUGCGACGGAGAGAGGGAUUGUGAGAACGGGGCGGACGAGGAGCAAUGUGCAGCGGAUGCCAAAGCCUGCCCGAGCAAAGAGUUUGCCUGCCGUAAUGGGAAGUGUCUGUCCCAGAUCUUCGUUUGCGACGGCGACGAUGACUGCGGAGACGCCAGCGAUGAAGAGAAGUGCUCGGCGCCCACUUGUGGCCAACACGAGUUUCGCUGCAACGACUCUGAGUGCAUCCCGGCGCUGUGGAGCUGCGACGGAGACCCCGACUGCAAAGACAAGUCCGACGAGUCCAUGGAGAGGUGCAGCCGCCGGACAGAAGCCCAAAAACCCCGCUGUCCUGUGGGGGAGUUCCAGUGCAGCAGUGGGGAGUGUGUGCACAUGAACUGGAAGUGUGACGGAGACGCAGACUGCAAAGACAAGUCUGACGAGGAGAACUGUCCGCUGCUGACCUGUCGCCCAGAUGAGUUCCAGUGCGGUGAUGGUUCCUGUAUCCAUGGAACCAAACAGUGCAACAAAGUGCACGACUGUCCCGACUACAGCGACGAGGCCGGCUGCGUCAAUGUGACAAAGUGUGACGGCCCAAAGAAGUUCCGCUGUAAGAACGGGGAGUGCAUCGACGGCAGCAAAGUGUGCGACAACGUGAAGGACUGCAAGGACUGGUCCGACGAGCCCAUGAAAGAGUGUGGAGUAAACGAGUGUGCUGACCAUAACGGAGGCUGCUCCCAUCUCUGCAGAGACCGCCGCAUCGGCUACGAAUGCGAUUGUCCGCCCGGAUACAAGCUCCUGGACAAGAAGACGUGUGGAGACAUAAACGAGUGUGAGAACCCAGAUGCCUGCAGCCAGGUCUGCAUCAACUACAAAGGAGACUUCAAGUGUGAGUGCUACGAAGGCUUCGAGAUGGACCCUGUAUCAAAGGCCUGCAAGGCUGUCGGGAAGAGUCCGUACCUGAUGUUCACCAAUCGGCACGAGAUCCGGCGUAUCGACCUGCUGAAGAGCGAGUACACUCAGCUGGUGCCCACGCUGAAGAACGCCGUGGCUCUGGACGUGGACGUGUCCUCCAACAAGAUGUUCUGGUGCGACCUCUACCACCGCAAAAUAUACAGCGCGUACAUCAACAAAGCCAGUGAAUCAUCUGAACAGGUGACGCUGAUCGACUCGCUGCACUCCCCGGAAGGCCUCGCCGUCGACUGGGUCCACAAGAAGAUCUACUGGACCGACUCGGGCAACAAAAGCAUCUCCGUGGCAACCGUGGAUGGAAGGAAGAAGAGAGUUCUGAUCGCCUCCGAGCUGAGCGAGCCGCGGGCCAUCGCCGUGGAUCCGCAGCACGGAUUCCUGUACUGGUCGGACUGGGGAGAUCAGGCUAAAAUCGAGAAGGCCGGCAUGAACGGUGUGGACCGGCAGAUCCUGGUGUCAGAGCACAUUGAGUGGCCCAACGGAAUCACGCUGGACUUGUCCAACAGACGCCUCUACUGGGUGGAUUCUAAGCUACACUUGCUGUCCAGCGUGGACCUGAACGGGGACAAUCGCAAAGUUCUGCUGUCUUCUACCGAUCAUCUGGGACACCCCUUCGCUCUCACUGUUUUUGAGGACCGGAUAUACUGGACGGACCUGGAAGAUGAAGCCAUUUACAGCGUGAAUCGUUUGACCGGACACGACGUGGUCAAAGUGGCCGAGCAUCUCAACAACCCUCUGGAUCUCGUGGUCUUUCAUGAACAGAGGCAGCCGCAGGCUCCAGACACCUGUAACUUGGGCAGCCUUCCUAACGGGGGCUGUGAGUACCUGUGUCUGCGGGCCCCUCAGAUCACUGAGCAUUCGCCCAAAUACACCUGCGCCUGUCCAGACGCCAUGGAGCUGGGGCCCGACAUGCGGCGCUGUGCUGUGGAUGUCCCCACUACAACACAUUCUUCUACAACUCAGUCCACACUGCCCCCUCCCAAAAGCACGUCCACAGAACAGCUUCGGUCCAGCAGCACACACAGGAGCACGGCCCGGAUCCCCACCUCCACACACCCGCCUGUGCUGGGACCCACGGCUCCUGGAGGGGUGCAGAGAGAGAGCAACGCAAACCUCUCGCAUAGAGCUGCCAGUGAUCACUACCUCAUAGGGAACAACAUCACUGUGGCUGUGCUGGGGAUUGUCAUUCCGAUCGUGCCUAUCCUUGCCACAGUGGUCAUUGGCCUGGUCUGCACGGGCGGGUAUCUGGUCUGGAGGAACUAUCGCCGCAAGAACACCAAGAGCAUGAAUUUCGACAACCCCGUGUAUCGCAAAACCACAGAGGACGAUGACGACGAGAUCCACAUCGGGCGCCACAGCGACUCCAUCGGCCACGUCUACCCUCCACGUGUGGCUCUCAGUCUGGAGGAUGAUGGCUAUCCCUGA